CAUGUUUAUUUUCAUUACUUUAUGUUUUUAAUACGAGCUUGUAAAGAAGAUAUUCAUGGAUAAAUUAACAGUAGUAUCUGGUACUUUAUUCCUUGCAGCAGAUGUAUUUGCCAUUGUUAGUUUGGCGAUGCCAGAUUGGAUUAUAACGGAGAGUGGAGGUAAUACUCGAUUGGGAUUAAUGUGGACUUGUAUGACAGUUCAUGAUCGUACACCAGUAUGUUUUACACCCGAUUUACAACCUGAGUGGUUGCUAGCUUUAGUGUGUAUAUUCGUUGGGUGCAUUUGUAUUACAACCACAAUUAUAUUACUUGCUUCUUCACACUGGGAUAGAAACGUUGUACCUUAUGCAAGAUGGGUUGGAUUUACAGCCAUGGUUUUAUUUUGUCUCGCUGCUGUAAUAUUUCCAAUGGGUUUCCAUGUACAUGAAAUUGGCGGGCAACCUUAUCAAUUACCAAAUAGUCAUCAAGUUGGUAUUUCUUACAUUUUAUUUGUUUUAGCUUUAUGGAUAACGGUUAUUUCGGAAUUAUUCGCUGGUAAAGUUUGUUUACCACAUUUUUAAUUUUUUUUUAUUCUCAAGUUGUUUAAACGGUAUUAGGUCUGGUAUAUGAUAAAUAUUUAGUAAGUAUUAAAAGAUACUUUGAGAUUAGUAUUAAACACGAUUUAAUAUAUUAACCCAUAUUAAAUUAUUUUAAAAAAUUUAUAUUAAAUGUAACAAUUCUUAUAUCUUGAAUAUUAAAUGUAACUGUGAUAAGUAAAAUGUUUAUUUAAAUAAAAAACUAAUAAAAUAUG